GAAGAUAAGGUUGAAUGGUUCCGGUAUUUGGUAACCUGAAUUUCAUCAUAAGGGAAAACAAGAAGAGAACCCUUAGGAUCAAACUCAGGCUUCCAAAUACCAGAGCCAUACAUUUAGUUUUUACUGAAGAUCGAAGAUAAGGUAGUUUCAAGUUGCAGUUUUUUGUGUAAAGAUGUGAGUGAACAGUACUAAAGUUUAGAAGGAUGUCGGUACUUACAGAUGAUCGAUAGUGUAAGUACAAAGUGAGAGGAUGUAGAUCAUCAUCAUUUUUACAGCUACCAGUGUACGUAAACGUAGGAGCAAAAAUAGAAAACAUUGACCUUUUUUAGAAUGCAAGAGGAAGGCAGUUACGGUAAAAACAGGCAAAAAAAGGGGCUCAACCAACCAAGACACUGUAAAAUAUAUCACAGGCAUUUUCGAACUUUCUUUCUUUCAACAAACAACAACUGUACGACAAACGAAGGUAGUACGAAAUAGGCUUAUUGAGUAGGUUUUUUCUGUCAAGGUUAACGACAAACGAUGGUAGUACGUAGUAGGCUGCUUAAGUAGUGGGCUUUUUUUUCAAGGUUCUCUUGCUUGCGAAUGGCGUGAUCUCCUUCUUACAAACGAUUAGACUCAACGUUUCACGACUUUCAAAGCUCAAACUUCGUUCUCGAGGUCUUUCAGUUGAUAAAGUCGCUGGUGACUAGUUGUAGCGUAUAGCGUCUUCACACUCUCGAGCUGUUUAAAUUUUUAAAGCCACGAUAGCACGAUAGUCAUCCCGUAGCUGUUUGUGGUAAAGAGGUAAAAGCUUCUGCUUAAUUUGAACGCGUAGUUACUUUCUCAACAUUUCCGAUGCGUUUCGCUAAUCUUGUGUGAAGUAACCUCAGUACGACGCCCUUUCCCUGAAGGCAGUCUGCACGACUUUGUACGAGAUUUGUUGUAUUGCAUUGUAGUCACGGUAUGCAACAGGUAAAAAGGAAAACCACCACACGUUUCAGACGCAGUUUUUUCUUUCUUUCGACAAACAACAACUUCAGCGGCAGUGCUAGCACAACAAAGAGAGCGACACGUGAAGUUAGUAAGUGCGCAGUACUAGGCUCUGCGCGUUUUUUUAACGAUGUCGAACGCAAAGCCUGGCCUUCCAAGAACUACACGAACAGGUCAUCUAGUACUUGUUUGGUUUUUUUCGUUGUCUUUCUGUCUACAAAACAUCUAACUAGCUCUUCACACUUAGACUUAGGCUUUACACCGGAAAAAACUCGUCGACCUCUCAAGGUUGCUUGUGUUCCCGCUUGUUGAGUUGUUAGUGCCAGAUUCUUGUUAACGUUUCGCGCUUAUUACUUUCCUCACUUCCUAUGGCUUCCUCACUUCGUCGCUUAUUGCAUUGUUUCUAGAGAUUUAUUGCAUUGUUUCUAGACCACGAGAUAGCGUUGAGACUAGGCGAAGGUUGAUAGCAAAAGAACAAUCUUACGCGUGGCGGUAGCGUACAACAAGGUAUUAAUUAGUUGUCUAGCGCAAUAUUAGGUACAGAGCCAAUGAUCAUUCCAAUGCCAAGAUUCGUUGAACGAGCAAGUCUUUUUUGAAGCGAUGCGAUGCAGUGAGGAACGAAGAAUUAACAUUAAGAAAAGGUCUUCAUUAAGCCAAAUCUGUCUUUUGAUGGUAC